UAUGGACACAACUAUUUUAGAAGCAAUUAAACAACUUCCUCCAAAAUAAUAACCUACAGCUGUUGCAAUCUAGCAUCAUCUUAAUAAAUGGGCUGAUUCAGAGAAAUAAGUUUCAAAGAAAGUACGUCAACUUUAAACAGAGUAUUUAAGAAGUGUUAUUCCUUUAUAAAAUGAAAUUAAUGCUAUCAUUAAAGGUCUCAGAGCUCCUACAGAAGAGGAAAUUAAAGAUGCAAAUACAUAUUAAAUCGAAAUUAAAGAUAUUUAAGCAUCUCCACUCUAAAAUUAUUGGGGUUAAGUUUUGAUGAAUAAUAGUUUGACAGGAAAAUUAAUAUCAGAAUCAGAUAAAAGCAUAUUUAGACAUUUAUUAUCAGUAAAUGUUGAAUUAGGAGAAAAUGGAAAAGAUUUUACAUUAAAAUUUGAAUUUGAAGAUAAUGAAAAUUUUGAUGCAUGUAUUUUAACUAAAGCAUAUGUUUUUGAAGAUUCAGAUGAUGAAUUUCCAUCUAAAUAAAAAGGAUCUUAAAUUAAAUGGAAAGAAGGUAAAAAUAUUACCAAAAAGAUUGUUAAACGCAAAUAAAAAAAUAAGAAAACAGGAUAGACUAGAGAAAUUGAAAAAGAAGAGAAAGCCCCAACAUUUUUCCAUUUCUUCGAAGAUGUUGAUUAAAUUAAUAAUGAAGAUGAGAAAAUAGAGAGAGAAUAAUUUGAUUUUGAGUUAGGAUCAUAAUUUGUGAAUCAAAUAAUACCAAAAGCAUUAUUCACUUAUUUGGGAUUAAAGGUUGAUGAUGAGGAAGAAGAUGAUUUUGAAGGAGAUGAUGAUGAAUCUGAAGGUGAAGAGGAAUCUUUAGAAGAUGAUUGA